UGGCAGCGCCCAUGCGAAGUGCAUGGCCAAUAUUUUCUCUUCUAAAAAAGCAAAUUUCUAUCCAAUCAAAUACAUUUCGUGUCAACAAGUUAGCUUUAAAUUAUGCUCAAGAUGCUGCAAGAACUUUCUCUGUAACAACCUCCCUAAGACAAGAUGAAGAAUCUGAAGAGAUGGCAGCAGAGAAACCGAAACGUCUUGUAGUCGAUCCACCAACAAGCAUUAGGUAUCUAAAAAGUAAAGCCUACAGAACAACUUAUGGAGAUGACCCUGUAUGGAAGCAUUAUCGCAGGAACUUCAAAGCGGGAAUACCACCUGAGAAGACGAGGAAAACGUGCAUUAGAGCGGGUGAGGUUUCCACAGGAAAUCCUUGUCCAAUAUGCCGGGAUGAAUACUUGGUCAUUGACUUCAAGAAUCGAGAUCUGUUGAAGCAGUUUAUCAAUCCGUAUACUGGAGAAGUAUUGUCAUGGGAUGUGACAGGUAUUUGCCAAAAACAGCACAAAAACCUUUUAGUUGCUGUGGAACAAGCACAGGAUUAUGGCCUGAUCAAUGUGCCUCUACCCCACAGACAUUACGAUUAUAGCGAAUAUUAUCGAAAGAAGGAAUCGUCAUGAUCUAGUAUUGUAACCAUUCAAAAUGACUGUGAAAUGUUGAUGAUCAACAGGGGUAAUUCUGAUUACCGGUAAUGGGCAAUAGUUGACUUGCCAGAAUCUUUUGUAGCUGGUGAAAUUGAGAAAGAAUUGAAAGGAGUGCCUUUGACCCCUUUGUAAUUUGAUUGUGAUGGUGGGUUAUGCUUGUUUGAGAUGCAAAGACAUGUAAAUAAAGUUUUCAUACAAUACAA